AAAAGCCAACAAAGUACAAAAUCCAACAGACGAAUCCAUUUUGUUGUGUGACAGCAGCAGGUGCUGUUAAAAGUACGAAACGUGUUGGAUCAAGUGAGAAAAGCACGACAAAUAAAAGAGGCAGGAAAAACUUGGAAGUUUCAGUCGAGUCAAACGUUUGGAAGUGUCCACAUAUAGUCAUUGCUUCACCUGUCUUGCGUCCCCCUCUCUGGACCGGAUAGAAUUUUGCGGAGAGAAAAAUCGGAUACUUUCAGGAAAUGAAUUUUCAAUUGUAUUAAACCUGUUGCAAAUUUGCAACCCCUGACGGCACAUUCAGAUUGCAGCGUGACGUCACUUUUUUUCUUUUUUUUUUUUUUUUGACCCAAACAUCAACGUGGUGACAUAUUGGAGGCACGCGUGUACACCAUGCAAGAAUAUGCGGUGCAGAGUUCAUUGCUCUGGUGCGUGCGCAUCCGGGAGAGAUAAAAGUUCCCGCUGGACGCUUCGCGUGUCUCACACACACACACACACACGCGCGCAUAAAAACAAAACCCCAAAAACCAUCCGGGAUACUUUUGGAAGAUUGCAGACCGACUCGCUUUCGGGAGGCUCACGCGCAGACAUGAGGCUUUGCGUCCGGACCGCAGGCGGGGGUCCCCUCGCCCUUCUCCUGCCGGCUCUUCUGGUCCACGUUGGAGCCGACCAGCGGGACGCGGCCAGGAAAAGACAGUACCACAUCGCUGCCGUGGAGAUCCACUGGAACUACGGGGGCAACGACACCCACGGGUUGGCCGGCACGUACAAGAAAGUGGUUUUCCGGGAGUACGACAAAGACUUCACACGGCCGAAGGCUCACGACCCCUCGUUAGGUUUGCUGGGCCCCACGCUGAGGGCCGAGCGGGGCGACAUCUUGACCGUCACGUUCCGAAACAUGGCGUCGGAACCGCACAAUCUCCACCCGCACGGAAUUGCUUACGGGAAACAUUCUGAGGGAGCGCACUACUUUGACAACACGUCGCAGAAAGAGAAGGAGGACGACGUGGUGAAACCGGGCGGCGAGCACGUCUACUCCUGGGAGGUGACGGCCGAAGUUUCGCCCCAACCCGACGACCCCGCUUGCCUGGUCUACUCGUACGUGUCCCACCUGAACCCAGUGGAGGACUUCAACUCGGGUCUCGUGGGCGCGUUGCUCAUCUGCAAGAACGGCAGCUCGGAGGAGCCGGCGGCGCCGGCCGGCGUCAAGCGGGAGUUGGUCCUGCUCUUUGGGGUCUUUGACGAGCGGGAGAGCAUCUACAAGCCCAAAGACCGAUCCUCAAACCACGUCCACUACACCGUUAACGGCUACAGCGCGGGAACGCUACCCGGUCUGAGCGUGUGCGCCUAUUCCUCGGUCAGCCUCUACCUGCUGGCCAUGAGCUCCGAGCCCGAGCUGUUCUCGGUGCACGUCACCGGGCAGGUGCUACGGCACAUGCGCCACAGGGUUUCGUCCCUGGGCCUCAUCAGCGGCUCCUCCGCCAGCGCCGGCCUGGCGCCGGCCCACUUGGGCCGCUGGAUGCUGUCCUCGCACGUGCUCAAGCACAUUGAAGCGGGCAUGCAUGCCUUCCUGGACGUGAAUCAGUGCGAGGGCGUGAAAGCGCCACGCCGGAGGAUGACCCUCGAUCAAAGACGCCAAAGCAGGGAGUGGAAGUACUACAUCGCUGCUGAGGAGGUCAUCUGGGACUACGCACCAAAUAUGCCGGAACACAUUGACGAGGGCUACAGGUUCCAGUACCUGCAACAGUCCUCAACCCGCAUCGGCAGGAAGUACAAGAAAGCCGUGUACACGCUGUACAACGAGUCCUUCACGGAACGAAUAGAGAACAAGCAGCGGAAAAGCGAGCUCGGCGUCUUGGGUCCGGUGAUAAGGGCGCAAGUCAGAGACGUCAUUAAGAUUGUAUUCAAGAACAUGGCCUCCAGGCCGUACAGCAUCUACCCACACGGGCUGACGAUAGAAAAGUCCGAAGAGGGCGUCAACUACCCGGAAGGAGGCAACAAGACGCACGCCGUCCAGCCGGGCGAGACCUACACGUACGUUUGGCGAGUGGCCGAGGAGGACGGGCCUCUGAAAGGACACUCCAGGUGUCUGACGCGGAUGUACCACAGCGCCGUCGAUACGCCUCGCGACAUAGCCUCGGGUCUGAUCGGACCCCUCCUCAUCUGCAAGAGUCACUCGCUCAACGUCAGGAAUGUACAGGUCAAAUCAGACAAGGAGCAGCAGGCCAUGUUUGCUGUGUUCGACGAAAACAAGAGCUGGUACCUGGAUGACAACAUUAGGCAGUUCUGCGAUCGGUCCCGGGUCAACAAGGCGGACCCCGACUUCCACAAGUCCAACGUUAUGCACACUGUCAACGGCUACGUGUACGAGAGCGGACCGGUCUUGGGCUUCUGCAAAGGCGAAGUGGCAACAUGGCACGUGUCCAGCGUGGGCGCACAGGACUACAUUCAGACGGCGACAGUCUACGGCCACACGUUUGAACUGAAUAACCGCAUGGAAGAUAUCCUCAGCCUCUACCCCAUGACUGGCGAGACCAUUACGAUGAACAUGGAAAACAUCGGUGUUUGGCUUCUGACGUCACUCCAUUCCCAUCAAACAAGCAAAGGAAUGCACCUGAAGUUCCAGGAUGUCGAGUGCUUCCGGGACCACCACUAUGAGUACAGCGACUAUGAUGAGCCUGGAAAAAUGGAGUUUAAUUUGUGGAACCCCUCUACUCGGAACGAAAUUUUGAAUAAGAAGGAGGAGGAAAUGAAGAAGCCAAAAGAGCCCGCCGCGGCUACAACGGCCAUUGAUGACUACACAGAGAUGUUUGCCAAUGAAUUGGGCUUAAGGUCACUGACGAAUCAAGCUCCAGCGGGCAGCGUGGAGCAGCUGGACUUGUCUUUCCUCGACUACGACGCUGUCGACGUCCGAGACGGAAAAGCUACAAUAAGGACAAAAAACCCCACACGCGCUACUCUAAGCGCGUCGCGAGAUCAAGGCCCAAAAGCCAGCGGUUGCGGGUUGGCUUCAAGUCUCCGUGAUGACGGCGCGUCGAAGAUGCACGAAACAGGCGUUCACAACAGAACAGCUUCAUCAAGGUUUGGGAACGUGCCAAACCAUGCCACCGGUCAGACUGAAACAACAGACGCUGCAAAAGGAAACGCGACCUUAACAAGCGACAAUCAGACCUUGAUGGCCUUGGAGGGGAAACCCGAAGAAAGACUGACACAAAGGGAUGCGUUUCCCGAUUUUGACACGGGCAACGUUCGCAACCUGGACAACCACAGCAGGACUGUGCUUGCUACUGCCCGGACAGAUAACACAACCAGUCCCCGUGAAUACGGGCGUCGGACGGAGUCAACCGAAUCCGAGUCGCCAGAGGGAGCCAAAUAUGUGCUUGAGCAGUCAAAAGGUACACCCCCCGUGAACAAGACUCCAAUAUCAGAUAUCUUGAAUCCCAGCUCAGAAAUUUUCAGUGAUUCCAAAAGCAGUGAGGAAGUGUUUAUAUACCUCAAACAAAACCACACGGAGGUGAUUAAAUCCACCACCGUGAAGACAGAGGGUCACAACUGGACUUACGACGGAACUCAUGAAAAAGUACCAAUGGAUAUUCCAGACAAUAUGGCGAAAUACAUGAAGAAGGAAACCCCAGGGGCCAAAAAGAUACCCAAGAUCAAGAGGGUGAACUUUCGACAGAAGCCUCAGAAGGGCCUGGGCGUGAAAACCAGGAAGAGAAAGGUAUACAAGCCGGAGGUCACCAGCGGUUUACCCCUCUCUCCUCGUGGAUUCAACCCUCACGUGUCCCCGAGAGGCUCACGGCCCGCUUCGCCGAAAGCCAUCUCAGAUGAGGAGGAGCUCAUUAACAUGCCUGUGGUCAUCGGUGUGCCCCGGCCCGAUUUCAGCGACUACGAGUUUUAUGUUCCGGGCGAAGAGCCUGACCAUUUAUCCUUAGACAGGCAGGAUUUGAGGGCAGAUGAAUACGAGUAUGUGAACUACAAAGACCCCUACACCAGUCAUCAAGACAUCAAGAACUUCAACAUCGAGGAGACCAAUAAAUACUACUUAAAGCACUCAGGGCCCAAUUUCAAGAUGUACUUCAUCGCUGCAGAGGAGGUCGAGUGGGACUACGCGGGCAACGGGCAGAGAAGGCGGGAAAGGUUACACCAAAGCAGACGUAACACCAAGUUCAAGAAGGUGGUAUUCCGCGGUUACACGGAUGGGCUCUUCAGAACUCCUGAAAUCCGAGGCGAGAAGGAAGAGCAUCUCGGUGUCCUUGGGCCCGUCAUCAAGGCGGAGCACGGGCAAAGCAUCAUGGUGGUGUUCAAGAACAAAGCCAAACGCCCUUUCUCCUUACACCCGAACGGGGUAACCUAUACCAAGUGGACAGAAGGCCUGUCCUACGAGGACAGCUCCAAGCCCUGGUACAGAGAUGAUAACGAGGUUCCACCCAAUGGCAACUUCACGUAUAUCUGGAAGGUCCCCCGAAAGCCUGCACACAGGCCCGACGAGCCUCACUGUCAGACUUGGACCUACUAUUCUGGUGUUAAUCCCGAAAAGGACAUCCACUCCGGCUUGAUCGGACCUCUGCUGGUGUGUCCGGAGGGCACGAUUCAGAAUGUGACAAACGCAAGAGAGUUCACGUUGCUCUUCAUGACCUUUGACGAGUCGCAGAGUUGGUACUACGAGGAGAACCGCGAGCUCAUGCAGCAGAAAAGACGAAGAGGAAGUCCGGAGCCUAUCCUCAAAGAAAACCUCCUGUUCCAUUCUAUCAACGGCAUCACGUAUAACCUUAAGGGGCUGAGGAUGUAUACCAACCAGCUGGUCCGCUGGCACCUGGUCAACAUGGGUUCUCCCAAAGACUUCCAGAGCAUCCACUUCCACGGACAGACAUUCCUCCACACGACGACCACCAGCAACAGACACGCCGUCUACCCGCUGCUUCCUGGAAGUUUCGCUACCCUGGAGAUGUAUCCUUCCAAGCCUGGCCUAUGGCUGCUGGAGACAGAAGUUGGCUUCAACCAGCAGCGAGGGAUGCAGACACUCUUCUUAGUCCUCGAUAGCGACUGCUACCACCCGCUGGGUUUGCAAUCGGGCAGCGUGAAAGAUGAGCAGAUCACAGCCAACAACACUCGAGGAUACUGGGAGCCACAUCUCGCCCGGUUGAACAAUCAAGGCAAAUACAACGCUUGGAGCACAGAUCAGAGCAACAGCUUUAUUCAGGUGGACUUUCAGCGUCCCGUGGUGAUCAGCCAGGUGGCCACGCAAGGAGCCAAACAGCUCUUCCAAUCCCAGUUUGUCACAAAUUUCUCCAUUUCCUACAGCAACGACCGCAGGAGAUGGACCCUCUACAAGGGGGACAGCGUCUACCCGAUCAAGGUGUUUACUGGGAACCGGGAGGCUUACGUGACGAAAACCAACAGCUUUUCCCCGCCGGUGAUCGCACGCUUCAUUCGGCUCCACCCCGUCCACUGGUACAACGUGGCCACGGUGCGCAUGGAGUAUUACGGCUGCGAGCUCGACGGCUGCUCGGUGCCCGUCGGGAUGGAGAACGGACUGAUCGAGGACCAUCGCAUCACGGCCAGUUCUGUGAACUCCAACUGGUACUUUGGACCCUGGAGUCCCUCCUUCGCUCGCCUCAACAAGCAGGGAGCUGUCAACGCCUGGCAAGCUAAGUAUCGAGACAUGAAGCAGUGGCUUCAGAUAGAGCUGGCAGACGUCAUGAAGAUCACAGGGAUUAUCACUCAAGGAGCCAAGUCGCUGGGGAAAGAGAUGUACGUAUCGUCGUACACGCUCAAGUACAGCGACAACGGAAUCCACUGGCACGACUACACGGAGGACGACGACCGACCAACUAAGAUUUUCUUCGGCAACACGGACAACAACGAACACGUCAAGAAUUUCAUCUACCCGCCCAUUUUUUCCCGCUUCGUCCGAGUCGUCCCCAGAACCUGGACGGGUUCCAUCACGCUGCGGGUGGAGUUGUUGGGCUGCAUCUUUGAGUGACGGCGACCAAGCCUUUGAGCAAAUA